CAUUAUGAAGUGCACAUCGGCUGUCAUUGACUGGCACAGAUUAAACCCAGAGUCACCACCCUGUCAUCUGCUGCUGGGUCAGUGACGGCAAAUAUAACACAACACUCUUCAUUGUCACAAGCUGAGAGAAGCACUACUCGUCUUAGAUUACCUCUGCUCAGGAUCCCCCAAGGCCAAAGCAGGGCAAAUGUCCCACAACUAGUUUUUCAUGCAUGGCUACUCUCAACCCCCUCCACCACUGUGCCUGAUCACCCCUCUCAUGGGCACUAAUUUCUGUCAUCCUGGGUGGAUUUAUACAGUUUUCAUAAGAUAGAAGCUGGAACAGACUUAUCAGACAACAUGAUGCAACAGUUUGAUCUAGAAUCGUUAAAGUUGUGUUAAAGUUGACACUGUUGAUCGUGAGGUUGUUUUACUACAGUUUCUGACUUUCUGCAAGAAUGUCAAAUCAUAUUUCCACAUUUGUUUUACUUUGGAGAGGUGCUUAACUUGGGAAUUUGGUAGGCAGAGCCAUAGUAGGAAAUUUCUUCUGUUAAAAUGAAAAGAGUCACGAACAUGUAAACAAGUAUCGAUCAUACCUUUGCGAAACUUUUCUGAUCCGGAUGCGUAAAUUCAGCCUCUCUCCAUUUGAAGCGUCCCCCUGCUGCGCCCUUCCUCUGCGGCUCCAAACUUUCACCGUGCGGUGGAAAACUUCAGGUGAGGCAUUUCCGUGAACAACAAAAAAAAAAGGAAAAGGAAAUCUCUUCAAAGCGGGGAGGCUGGGUUCGCUUGUACCGCAGCACCGGGUAGUUAGGCUUUGUUUCUGUUGCCCAGCUCAGUUGAACUUCUCCGCCGCCUCCUGCGCGGACGCUCCUGUGGACCACGAGAGGGGAAAUGAGGAGAAGAGUCGUGGACCUGCGGCUCAGAUCAGAUCCCACCUGCAGGAGGAGGCUGCGCGCGCUCAGAGACAGACACUCUUCAGUAGCCGUCCUCAACGCUGUUGUCAAACUGUGUCCAUCGCUGUCUGGACACCUCAGAAUAAAUUCACUCCUGAGCAGCUCAUGCACAAUGAAAGGUUCCUAAUGGAUGGAAAAGACAUGGCAUCAACUGACGAGCUUAGAUUUGUUGGAGAGAUCUCAGAAAAAAGCCAAACUGACUCUGAAACACAGACAAUUCCCUCAGAUGAGCGUGCACAACCAUCUACAACCCAACUGGACCAGGUGGUCAUGGACAACUUGGGGCGCCUCUUUGAGCACUGCAUCCAGCAGGUGUCCCGUCUGGAGAGGCAGAGGGACGAGCUGGUGCAGGAGCUCCUCCGGCUGCAGGAGCCCAUGCUGCGGAUGGUGGAGCAGCUGAGGGGGAAGGUGGCGGAGACACAGAGGCUGCUAACUCUGGCUGAGAUGGACUACACAGAUGUUUUUGAGGAGGUGCAGAAGGUGAAGAGGAAACUGUUCACCACAGCCAGAGACUGCAUCAAGAGCCAGGUGACGCUGGCUGCAAAUGAGUAUGAGGUGGCUCAGUCUGCUGUUACACAGGAGGAGCUCAAGACCUACAUCGAUACUCUGUCUCAGGAGUUGUCCCAGCUCAAUGAGUCCCAAAAUAUCAGGCUCACCUCCCUGAGGGCCCAGGCUGCUAAGCCCUGCAGGCCCAGGGCCAUGAGUGACGUCAGCCAGUGCCGCCAGGCCUCCGCUAGACUGCAGCGGCGGCUCAGCGGCAGUGUGAGGGCACUGGAGGGCUGGUACGAGCCCCGGCUCAUGGCCCUGCUGAAGAGGAAGCAGGCCGGCGAGGAUGCCCUGAGAAAGAGCAGGGAACAGGCGAGGGAUCUGAGGGCCAGCCUGGGGCCCCUGAGAGAGGACGGCCAGAGACUGGAGUUGCAGAGAGCCUGCUUGGAGCAGAGGAUCCUUCUGAUGGAGAGGGAGAAGGAGAAACGCAUCACUCAAUAUAAGGAGACUGUGGAGACACUUAGAGAGACUCUGAGAGAGCUAGAGGUGGAGUUUGAUGUUCAGAGACAAUCAAAGAAAGGUUUGGUUGAUCUUAAAGAUGGACUUUUAACAGAGCUGACAUUUCUCAGAGGCUGUGAUGAAGCCAGCAAAAACACUGCUGAAGAAGAGCCAUAAGUUUCUAUUUGCAGUUAAUAUUCUGACACCAGACCAAACCAUGGAACUGGCACUGUCAAUAGCUAAACAUUGAUAAUAAGCAGGAUAAUUCAAUCUUAAUAUGUAUUGACACUCAUUUUAUUUACUAUAAUUUUACAAGAUUUCUUCUUUUUCUUUUUCUUUAUUUGCACUAUAUAAAUGUUUACACGGCACAACAUCCAAUGGACUUAUUAAAGCUUCCAAAAGCACUUUACAAUGUAAAAAAUGUAAAAAGACACAAAAUCAGGAUUCAGAAAAUGAUACCUGGGCGACAAUAAUAUAUGUAUAAUAAAAAAACAAUAAUGAUAUCAAGAUAAAAUGUGUGCAUGUUGCGUGAAUGAGUGCUAAACAAAUGUUGCCGGGCAGGUUUGGUUUUGCAGUACUCACACACUGAGUGAAACAUUAAAUGCAUCAAUAGACAUUAAUAGCUGAUGAACAGCAAUUGUAGAACGGCACUUAAAUUGUCUUGUCGCUGUGUUUUUGUAAGAAAUGUCUUUUAAAUAAUUUUUGCCAUCUGGUCAAAGCCAUUCCGUCAUUAAGUAGACCUCAUUUUUAUUAAUAAUGUACCAAACUAAUCUAAUAUAAUCGAAAGACAUGUACUAAUAAGCAAGGAAAACAGAUUUAAUGUAAAUAUUUUUAUUAUGAAUAUACUUAAGUACACAUUAGAUCAGAUGUAGCACAGGAAAAAUAAUGCAUAGAAAAAAAGCACAUACAAGUGACGACACACAAAUCUGGAAAAUUGCUACUACAAAUAUCAAGCAAAUAGAUGAAAACCUACAAUAUAUACAAUUUUAUUAAAAAUGGAUCUCUGUAGAAAUGUUUUCAGCAAAGCUAAUCAAGAUCAAAUAAAAGUCCUGUGUGAUGGAUUCAUCACAACAAGCCAGAGUGGAGAAAUGGGAGAUUGAAAAACUAAAAGAUCUAAAGAUGUUACUGAUACACACUGGAUUUUAAAUACUUCACAACAUGAUGACAAUACAGCAUUUUAUUCCUUUUGACAUUUUCUACAAAACCACUGCUGCCAAAAAUGUGUUUUUAAAAAGACAUUACAGCUUAUGCACCCAACA